CUUUGCUCUUGAAGAAACUUACGAAACUUGAUGUCUCCAGGGCAUAUCAAAUGUGAUGAUAGUAGCCUUGGCAUUUGAAAUGUGUUAGCGGUUUAUUAGGUUAUAUAUGGAUAGCAAAAUAUGAUUUUACUGACCAAGUAGAGUGAUACUCGCCUUUUAACCAUAAGAUAAAUGUGUGGUAUCCGUUUUUAACCUUCAUAGAGGAUUAGUGGAAAUUCUUACUGCUAGUUAUGAGGUAGGUGACUGUGUAUGAAACUGUGUGAGCAUCUAUUAUUCAAACUAAUUUACAGUCCUUAAGGCUUAAAGGUUAAGAACUUUCAUCAGGUUUGAAAAGCUGCUGUUAUUCAAGCUGCUAAAUGGGUGCCAAAGAGAAUGGUGAAGAAAGAGAUGAUCGGACAAACGAUUUGGAAAAAGAUAUAAAGCAUGGCAAAGAAGGUGAAUCAGAUUAUGAACCAGCAAGGGAUUCACUUUCAUCUCAAGGGGAGACACCAUUUAAUGAUGAUAACAAAGUUAAAAGAGCAUCAAGGGUUCCAAAGAAGCUUGCCAAAAAGGAACAAUUAGAGAGUAGUCCUCGUACAUCACGAGGAAGUAUCAAGCAUCAAGAACAUGGCAGACUGCAAUUCAAAGCAUCAAAUAGUAGUCAAACUAAAGCUCAAAAGCCUAUGCGAGCAGCAGUAUCAACUAAAAGUCCUAUGAACAAAAAGAUAGAGAAUUCAAAUGUUUCUUCUAGAGGUUCAUCAGAGAUGUCUGAAGAAUCUAGUGACAAAACCAAUGAGGAGGUUAAGGAAAUUGAUGUGAUGGACGAGGCUCCAAUAUGUGAUCGGAGCAAUGGGACAGAUGAUGAAACAAUUGAGGCAGACGAGGAUGCCCUUGAUGACGACAAGGCAAAAGUAUAUCAGAAGAUUGAAGAGAUGGAGACUAGAAUUGAAAAACUUGAGGAAGAGCUCAGAGAAGUUGCUGCACUUGAAAUUUCUCUAUAUUCUGUUAUACCAGAGCAUGGUAGUUCGUCACAUAAGGUUCACACACCAGCUCGGCGUCUUUCUAGGCUAUAUAUUCAUGCUUGUAAAUAUUGGACUCAGGACAAGAAGGCUACAAUUGCGAAGAAUACGGUGUCAGGGCUGGUACUCGUUGCAAAGUCAUGUGGUAAUGAUGUUCCAAGGUUGACAUUCUGGUUGUCAAACACAGUUGUCCUUAGGGCAAUUAUUUCUCAAACUUUUAGCAACUUGUCCAAUUUCAAUACAACAAGGAAGACAGUUGCAUCGAAUGGUGGUGGAAGGAAAAUUGACGAGCAACAUAUACUGAUGAAAUGGAAAAACAAUUUCAACAACAAACAGGGAAAAAUACUUGGUAUUGUCCAGCAGACAAAUGACUGGCAGGAUACAAACACAUAUGUGUCGGCACUGCAGAAGAUCGAGUCAUGGAUAUUCUCCCGGGUUGUUGAAUCACUAUGGUGGCAGACAUUGACGCCACACAUGCAACCACCGGAAGAUAACUUGUGCACUCCAAGAAGCUCAGGGAAAUUAUUAGGACCGGCAUUGGGCGAUCAACACCAAGGAUUUUUUUCUAUCAACUUAUGGAAAAGUGCUUUUCGUGAUGCCUUCACUAGAAUUUGUCCAGUCCGUGCUGGUGGCCAUGAGUGCGGCUGCUUACCUGUAUUGGCGAGAAAGGUGAUGGAGCAGUGUGUAUCCAGAUUAGAUGUUGCUAUGUUCAAUGCUAUUCUGCGUGAGUCAGCUCAUCAGAUUCCUACUGAUCCUGUCUCAGAUCCAAUUGUUGAUCCAAAAGUCUUGCCAAUUCCCGCUGGGGAUUUAAGUUUCGGAUCUGGUGCACAACUAAAAAAUUCUAUAGGAAAUUGGUCUCGAUGGUUAUCAAAUGUAUUUGGCAUGGAUGAUGAUGAUUCAUCAAGAGAAGACCAAGACCAAGACACUGAUGGGAAUGAUGACAGAGAGUGGGGAACUCAAUCAAAGUCUUUUCGACUUCUUAAUGAAUUAAGUGAUCUUCUGAUGCUCCCCAAGGAUAUGCUACUUGAAAACACUGUCAGAAAAGAGGUUUGUCCUUCAAUUGAUCUUCCCUUGAUAACUCGGAUACUCUGCAACUUUACGCCAGAUGAGUUCUGUCCAGAUCCUGUCCCAGGUGUUGUGCUUGAGGAAUUAAACAUUGAGAGCAUUCUGGAUCGGAAAUCGUCCGAGAAGGAACUUAUUGGAGGCUUCCCUUGUGCGGCUGCUCCUGUGGUAUACUCACCCCCAUUGUUCCGAGAUGUGGCAGAGAAGGUGGGCGAUGUUGGUGAGAAAGGUGAGCUGGACAGGAGAGCAUCCGUGAUACAAAGGAAGGGAUACACUAGCGACGAGGACUUGGAUGAACUAGACAGCCCCCUUGCAGCAAUCACGGACAAGACGCCACCAGUUUCACCAUCUCCGACAGUAGAUGGUGGUCAAAAAGAGAGAUCACAAGCUAAUUCAAGGUAUAGGCUCCUCCAAGAAGUAUGGUGCAAGUGAAAGCCAAAUUAAACACCACAAAGCACAAAAUCUUGUCGUCCUGUUGCACAGGCGUUUUACCUUGAAGAUAUAUAACUGUGAUGAGAUGAGAUGAGAAAUAACUGGUUUUCAUUCGGUUCUUUGUAUAGUCUACGUUGUAAUUCUAUCUCCAAAAGAGAGUUGCUCUGCAGUUUUAAGGAAUGUCCAACUAUAGUUUUAGCUUCUUCCAUCA